GGAGCCCUGGGACGUGAUUGGAAGUCUAUUAACUGGAUGCAAUUUCCAAGGUUUUCUCUGUGCACCCCUUCUCCGAGGAUGAACAGUUCUUGUGCUAUGAAGUCGUGUGUGCUCAUCCUUCUCCUGCCCCUACUGUGUGCAGAAAGAGCUCAGGGCUUAAAGUGCUACAGUUGCAUAGAAGUCCCACUUAUUUCUACCUGCUCAUCAGCUACCUGCCCCUACCCUGAUGGAGUCUGUGUUUCUCAGGUGGAAGAAACUGUCAUGGACUCUAUAAGACAGAAAGUAAAGAGCAAUCUCUGCCUUCCAAUCUGCCCCAAGAGUACUCAAAUUAUUUGGAUCCUGGGUAUCGUUGUCUACUCGAAGAUUUCCUGUUGCAAUAGAGAUAUUUGCAAUGCAGCAGUUCCCAAUGGAGGCAGCACCUGA